AUGAGUUAAUAAUUUACUUAUUAUUCAAAUGAGUUAUGCUAAAUACAUCAAGAACCUUGUACUAAUAUGUGCAUCAACACUAAAUGUCUCUAACCUUUAUGUCCAGAAUGUAUUGAAAUUCAUUUUAGAGAACAUAAAGAAUGUUAGAUUGAAAGUUUGAAAUCUUGUAGAAUAAAUUGUUCAAAGAAAAUUCGUUAGUCAAUUUCAGAAAUGAAUUAAAUUUUGUCUUUAUAAGAAAUGAAAACUUUAGAAAACUCUACAUAAUACAUUGAAAUGUGUAGAGAUUCUCUUUAGUAAUUGAAAUAACAAAUAAUUGAUAAAAUAGACUAAUAUAAUAAGAAGCUACUUCAAGACUUUAGUACUAAUCUUAUUUAAGCAUUUAAAGUAAGAUUUAUGAAUAUUAGUAUAGGAAUCAUAAAUAAGGGAAGUUUACAAUAGAAUCAAAAAUUUGAUUUAAUAAUUAGAUGAACUAGAAACAAAAUUAGAAACCUAGAGCGAUUGUUAAAUAAAAACUAUAAGAAGCGUUUAUUUAUUAAAUACUUCAUAAUUGAUUUAAUCUGCUAAUUAAGAAGCAUACAAGGAAAUUUUGAAAUUAAGUAAUUAUUUAAUAUAAUAAGAAUUUCCAUUACUUGUUGUCUCUUAAAAUUUGAACUCAAAACUUGAUGAAUUGUUCACUUAAUCAAUUUAGAUUUAAUUUAAAAAGACUACCUCUACAAUGAUAAAAAUAGAAGAAAAAUAAUAAUUGACAAAUAAUCAAUCAAUAAAAAUUUAGGAUGAUCAAACUUUGAAUAAAAGUCCAUAAAUUUCUUAGAUUAGUGAAAUUUAAUAGAUUAAGAAAUAAUCAGAUUUUGCAAUCACAAUGGAAGAUUAUCUUUUGCCAUCAGUUUAAAAUAAAAUGCUUCAUUAUUUUAAAUAUAACAGUUAUGAAUUAAACUUAAUUAAUCUUGAUAAUCUUAAGGAGUAAAAGAAAUAAAACUUAAAAAUAUCUUUUUUAAUCCCAAUAUUUCAUUAAUCAGUAGUUACUAGAACGGGUUAAUUAUACUUAAUUGGUGGUACUACAAUUGAUAAUAAUUAUCCUAAUAAUAAAUCAAAUGGGAUAUAUUUGUUUGAUAAAAACUCUUUAGUAAAUGUUGGACAUUUGUUAGUAAGUAGAUCCUCACAUGGUUGUUGUAUAAUAGGGGAUUAUAUUUAUUCAAUAUCUGGGCUUGGUUAAAAUCAAACUUUAGAAAAGACUUGUGAGAGAUAUAAUUAUAUAUUAAGAAAAAGUGAGUAACUUUAAGAUUGUAUUUAUCCAUCUAUAGCUUCUUGUUGUGUAAAUUAUAAUAAUUAAUUCAUUUACAAAUUUGGGGGAUUGUAUGAAAAGUAACAGAUGAAUUUUAUAGAGAGAUUUAAUAUAAAAGAUAUGAUAUGGCAGGUUAUUGAUCCUCAAAUAGCGAGUAAAGAGUAAUAUCAAUUAUAUAAAUUUAUAGCAUACAUUUAUUUAAAGGCUUUAAACAGUUUGCUACUGGAAUUUAAAUAUCACCUAAUACUUUGAUGAUUUUUGGAGGUUAUGAUGAAAAUACUGUUAGUUCAAAUCAAUCCUUUUUAUUUACUAUAAAAGGUGAAAAUCAUAUAUUACACAUGGUUAAUGUCAAACCUCUAAAAAUACCUGGAGGCUUUUGGCAUUAAUAAUGUAUCAUUUAUAAACAAGAAUUGUUUGUGAUAUAAAAUUAGGAAAAUAAAGAUGGAGAAAGUAUUGAAGCUAAAACUAUAUUGCAUUUUAAGGAUAGAUGGAUAACUGCUUGA